AUGGAAAUAUCGAUAUUUUCUAGUGAUAGUGAUGACAGUGAUUUGGAUGUGCUGGCUCAGUUAUCCGAUUGGGAUACUGAUAGCGAUGCUGAGGAUAGACACCGCGCUUCUUCACGAAAAAUUAGAAGAGUUAACUACAUGCAGAGCCUGGAUGAUGCCAAUUUCACGUUUAGAUUUAGGUUAUCAAAACCUGCUUUCACAUCGCUUUUAAUGGAAUUGAUGCCGUUUAUUCGUGUAACCUCAACAAGGAACAAUGGAGUUCACCACUCCAUCAACUUUUACUAA